GUACAUACAUACGUACGUACAUACCAACGAGAGCGACUUUGCCAUCGUGAAGCUCUCAUGCAAUGUUAUAUGGGGAGAACCUCUCUCACUUUGCCUCAAUUGAACACAGCCAGCCCGACAAACUGGUCGAACGGGGAGAGAGAGAAGAAGAAGCUGUCUCAUCAAACCUCUACCUGCCUGCCUGCUCCUGCGAUAGACGAAUUCAAAUUUCAAACCGCACUUCCCCCGCGAAACGCUGAUAAGUGCUGAUAAGCGACGACCCCUCCUCCCCCAGUCUCUCCCACACACGUUGUCAUACUCUUGUGCCAAAUUAUAUCGAAACUCUUUCAAUUUCGGAUACACAAAGUCGUCACGUGCUUCACCUGCUACAGAUCACACACUUACCAUAUACUGAAAUAUUAACGACUUUUUAAUUGAAUUUUGACAAGAAGAUAAAACUCGGAAUUCUUAUCGAGGGACGAUCGUCACCAUGGGCUAGUCCUUCAUUAAGAAUAAGAAUAAGAUGUCAAGUGAAUCAACCGGAGAGCAAAGAAUAUUUGGAGAAAGUGUGGAUCGGAGUGACGGUAGUGGUUUCAUCAUCAGCAACAAAAUGGGAGUGGCAUCGCCGAGCGCGAAACGUCGCCUCGGAACUCCGAAUGGAGAUCUGGAUGUCGUAUCGGCGAAAUUGGCGAAAUUUAGCAAAAACCAUAAUAACAACAAUAACGAAUUUCCAAGUCUCGCACCAGCACAAGAGGACUCGAUAGCUGUUACCACCGAUUUUCUCACGACUUCCAUCCUUGCCCGAACACUCCUAACGUCAUCGUCGACGAUCCACAAUGGACCCGAGUUGGCGUCGGAUCCACUAGAAUCCCUCAAGUCCUCGUUAGAAGCUCUUCCUGUUCCCUGCAACAAUGGUUCCCUGCUAACCCCAUUUCUUAAGGCGACAAUCUCUGAUGCGGACAACGACGAGUUUACCUCCCUUCUGUGUCAUGAAUCUUCCCUCACUCCAGUAGCGGUUGUGAAUGGUGGUCUGAGGCCUACUUCGUCUCCUGGUACCGACUGGAGAUCUGUUCUGAAUGAUGACCACGAAGUGAUAACGGAAGAAGAAAAUGGAAAGUCUUAUUUUAAUUUGGGGUCUGCAGAUGCAACCAUCGUUCGAAAAUCUUCCUCCAGUCCCAUGUGGAUGAACGUCAACUGUAGUACAAGCUCCAACAUUGAUAUGGAUGACAAUGCGAGUUCGUCUUCUUGUGAGUCGCUCUCCUCAUCGGAAGACCUUUUCAACAGCGGCGAAGAGUUUGAUGCAUCGGACGACGAGGAGGAGGAAUUUUCAUCGUAUAAGCAACAAAGGUCCACCGUUCUCCACCUUUCACUUUGCAAACUAAACAAGUUUCGAUCGCAACACUGCGUGGAACCAAGUCUCCACCGUUCUGUCUUAAUUUGCAACACGCUGAGACAUAUUGAGCAAGAAAUUAAAAGCGAAGAUGAAGUGGACGAGUCACUCAAGUCAAGGGAACGACUACCCUCCUUUUGGCGUCCUACUUCUAACCACCACCCCCACUGUUUCGGUUCCUCCUCACCACCACCAUUACCUUCAAGUCAACCCCUCUUGAUAACUGAUUCCCGACCACUUUUGUCGUUAUCAUCAUCAGCAGCUCCACUUCCCUCCACCUCCGAUCCGUACCUGUCUCCAAAUCCAUACUCAACGGCUAACAAUCCUCUCUCUACGACAAGAGACUCCAUAAUAUCCAGUUUGCCUGGCAGCAACGUUGUUACUCCUGGUCAAUCGCAGUACCUUUAUGAAUAUAGCUGCCUUCGUCCCACGCCAUACCACACGACAUCGUACGACUAUGAACAUGAACAGGAUCUUCCUUCUUUAGACACAAGCGCCAACAGUUCUACAAUGCUCGAAUGUGAUUCCGGAUACGGUGAGGAGUUGUCCUAUGCAUACUAUGCGACCCCACCUCAACUUCCUCCCCCUCCCCCUCCUCUCCCACCCACCUCAACUAACUCUUCCUCCAACCAGUCGUCCUCACAGCAGCAAUCCUCGCUCUCUCUCUUGGUUGACCAUACAACUAAUGGUUCGCCGUCCUCAACAAACACGAUAACUUCCUCCCAGCAGUUCCUUCCUUUUACCAACAAUACGGCUACGAUAAGUCAGCCCCUGCAAAGUAGUCCGACGACGACCACGACGACAACAGCAAUAACAGGUGAUAGCAGACUGAUGAGUACUUUGGCUGGAGACAAGUCAGAAUUUGAUUCCUCUGAGGCUGACAGUGAUAGCAGUAGUGGGAGCAGUGGGGAAAGCCCUCCUCCUCCCACGGGAGAUGAAGUCGGGUGGAACAACACAACCUCACAACAACAAUCAUCUUCCUCCAAAGACUUGGUUGUGGGGGUUGUUUCGCCAUCCCAGUCAUCGUCCAGCUUGUCGCCCCCGUUUGCACAACAAGACAGUCAAUGUGGGAUAGAGUCGAGACGAAGCACUCACCUCAAUUUUGCCUCAAACUCAAUGCCCAUGGACAACUUGAUCUCUUCCUCUUAUUCGUCAUCCUUAUAACAAAAAUUCAGCUCCAAAAAAUCAACAAUAACAAUAACGUGAAAAAAGGGGUCAACUCAACUCAACAUUUUUGUUCUUACUUACCUACAUAUUAUAUAUGUAUAACAUUACAGCGGGUCAUCGUUGUGCAAUAAUCUCAAAGCUUUAACUUCCACCACCACUAACUAAAUACAGUCUAUUAUAUGUACUUUUUAAAUGCUUUCUUAUUUUUAAGUUAUUUGUCCAAUUCUAUGUUAUUUUUGCUCAUGGUGAUGAUUAGAAAUUGAAUGUGAAGAGUUUGUCAGCAAUAUUUACAUAUAGUAAAUCACACGACAGAAACAAUCAUUAAAUUUCUUUCACGGAUUUUAUACUCGAGAAAAAAUCAGAUGCAUACGUUGUCUCUUUUUUACAAUGGUCUCCAAACGAGCUAAUAAUAUGUACUAUGCAUUUGUGGAGAGUGCAUCUAAAUAUGUAGGUAUGACCGAUCUCUCAAAACACAGUGCGUUCUGUACUAACAUUGACUUUUCUUUUCAAUUAUGUCCUAAAUACAAACAGGAAUGAUUUAAUACUCGAUUGAUAAUACUGAGGACCCAACUUGAUCUUUCACAAUACUACUCGGCUAGUAUGUAUGUACUAAUUCCUUAAUUAUACACUCUCCAUUUCUUAAUAUUCAAAUUCAAAGUUUAGAACAUUUUUCCAGUAGCAAAAUUGUCAUUCUCAAGCAUUCUACUACAUAUACCGAUAUACUCUUCACCCUUGAACCGACGAGUAUUACAUACAUAUUCUAGAAAUAAAUUGAUAAUUAAGUGGAGUGUGGUAACAACAAUUACUCUGAGACAAAAUUUGAAUAUGGACAACAAAGGAAAAUGUUUACUGAUGCUCUGUAAUUGCUCCCACCUUGUCACAUUUUCAAUUACGAUUUCCAAUUUCGUUAUUUCAAAGAGCCAACAACUUGAGUAUAUAUGUGAGUAUAUACUGAUCAAAAAGAAAAAGUUUGUGAUUUUGGGACAUUUGAGCAAAAGAACGUUUUUUUUAAAUUCAAGUCAGUUUUACAUUCAGUGCCAUUCUAUUUCUUCUAUGUUAUUAUAUUUUUGGUUCUUAAACUUUGAGACACAUUAAAAAAAUACAUGCGAGUACAAAACAAAAUUAUGAUCCAAACACUUCUGAUUCUGAUUCAAAAAGUUUGCAUAAAUCGAAAUGGUAAAGAAUCGUGUUAAAUGAUGCGCCUUUGAUUUGAUUGUUGGUGGAUUUUAAUUAGGUGUUGACUUGAUAUAUACAUUUACGUACGGGACGUAUUUUAAAUAAAAAUUACUUUUCCAUGUCAAAUGUUGUCUCAGAUGAUAUUAAUUUGAAGAAUGAAGGGUAUACUAUGUUGUAUGUAGUAAAUAACGAUUUUUACUUCGAGAUAGAUAUUGUACAUUUUCAAGAAAGUAUAAGGAGUGUGUUACUGUGAGUGAUGGAAACCGUAUGACAUAUGCUAUAAUAACGAUGGCCAUGUACUAUUAACAAUUAUAAGAAACGUAAAGUAACGUCAGUAAGUUAUUGGUAGCUACUUGGUUAACUUUGAUAAGACACAGACAGAAAAAGAUAGUUUAACAAAUAUGUAAGUUAGGUAUAAACACACGGGCGUCGUGACAAAUUGUACCUAACUCCACAAAACAAAUCAUUUAUUUUUAUCCUCGUUUUUAAAUCAAGAAUAAAUGAAUUUAUACAAGAAAUAUA